UUACUUGUUUUCUAUUGUAAAUCAGUUAAAAGUUAAAAAUGGAAAAGCUAUGGAAUGAUUUUGAGUUGAAGAAACCUCCAAUUUUAACUAUUCCUUCAACACAUACUAAGUUCAUUGCAGAUCUUCAUGGACUUAUCGAAACCUUUUACAGCAAACACAACAGACAUGAAGAGGAAUUUAAUGAAACUGCCGCUUUAUUGGGAAGACUUAUGGCUAGACGCAAGAAUUCAUUUAGCAAGAUGAAAGGCUUUAAAGAUAUUUGUAAACUAAAUGCGGCGUUGUGUCGUCUUCUUAGAUUGGACUUUAAAAGAGACCUAGAUGGCUUUCGGUCUACACUUCCCGAUGUUAUCUAUGAGGAAAAUACUGUUGUACACCUUCCUACUCGCGAUACAUAUGAGUUUCUAUUAGCGCGCUUACUGGCUGUUUGUGAACUUCAUAAACGUAUAGUGCAAUGCAGCAUUGAAGCAGGAGAAUAUUUUGGGGCUCAACUGAGGAUACAGUUUUUCUUUGAGAUCAAUACUUUGCUCUUAGCAGUUAUAGCCAAAAUACAUAAUCUUAACAUAAAAUUGGGAAACUUAUCCAUACAUUUCUAUAAUCAUCUGCAACAAUAUCGCUCGCAAUUGCCGCUGAAUAAAAAAUCAAAAUUCCAACAAAUUUCUGAAUCCUUGCCAACUAGUUUGGCCAUAAUUGAAACCAGAGAAGCUUUAAUGCAGAAAAAUCCCGCCAUAAAAACUUCCAACAGUGAAACACAACAGGCUCUUGAGCAGUCUGUGGAAGACUUAAUACUGCAAGAGGAAAAAAUUAAAAGCACUCCAGUUAAAGCGAAACAUUUGAAAAAGACUGAUAUGGGUAAAAUGGUUGAGCGGUCCUCUAAAGAAAAUAAAUCCUUUGAUUUUAACAAAUUAUCAACAACUGAAGAUAUACAAAAAUUUAUAACAAAAGAAACUAAAAGUAGAGCCAACAACCUAUCCUCAUGCCUAACUAAGCAAGUAUUAAGUCAUGAAUGGGCUGGAGCAACAAAACUAUUUGAACGCAAAAUUCAAAAUGGAGAAGAAAAGAAAGCAAUAAAUAUUUUCAAAAAAUUUAUAAGUUCAAAGUUGUGAAAUAAUAAAUAAAAGAUAAAGGAAACUAUGUACAGAAGUACCAUGGUAA